UACUUCCGGCCGCCGCCGGGUCGAGGCCGAGCGAGGCGGCGGCGGGCCCCGCGCAGCCAUGGACUGGCUCAUGGGGAAGUCUAAAGCGAAGCCCAAUGGCAAGAAGCCUGCUGCAGAGGAGAAGAAGAUGUACUUGGAGCCAGAGCACACCAAGUCUAGGAUCACUGACUUUGAAUUCAAGGAGCUGGUGGUGCUGCCCCGGGAGAUUGACCUCAACGAGUGGCUGGCUAGCAACACAACGACGUUUUUCCACCAUAUCAACCUGCAGUAUAGCACAAUCUCAGAGUUCUGCACGGGGGAGACGUGCCAGACGAUGGCCGUGUGUAACAUACAGUACUGCUGGCACGAUGAGCGGGGGAGGAAGGUGAAGUGCACGGCCCCGCAGUAUGUUGACUUCGUCAUGAGCUCCGUGCAGAAGCUGGUGACUGACGAGGACGUCUUCCCCACCAAGUACGGCAGAGAAUUCCCCAGCUCUUUUGAGUCCUUGGUGAAGAAGAUCUGCAGGUACCUGUUCCACGUGCUGGGCCACAUCUACUGGUCCCACUUCAAGGAGACCCUGGCCCUUGAGCUGCACGGACACUUGAACACUCUCUACAUCCACUUCAUCCUCUUCGCCAGGGAGUUCAACCUGCUCGACCCCAAAGAGACCGCCGUCAUGGACGACCUCACCGAGGUGCUGUGCAGUGGUGCUGGCGGGGGCCGCAGUGGGGGCAGCGGGGACGGGGCCAGCAGCGGGGGCCCAGGGGCACAGAACCACGUGAAGGAGAGAUGAGCCCCCAGGGCCGGACAGGGGUGCACAUGUGCAAAGAGACAAUCGUGUGUGUUCUCUCCGUGUGUCCGCGUGUGUGCGCACACGUGCCUGCCACGCUCGCCAGCAAGGUCUGAGGGAGGCCCUGGGCUGUGCUGAGUGUGGGCCCUGCAGAUGCUGCAGGGCUGGGCCGCGUUCUCUGGCUUCUGGGUUGGAUGGGCGUGUGCCAAUCGCAGGGAAGAGCCUUCGGGUCCACUCACUCAUUCAGCAAACAUUUAUCGGACUGACGUUUUGAGUUUUCUUCCGUGGGGUUCUCCUUCCUUUGGUCUUCCGAGUGCCCCUGCUCCCCCUCGCCCUCCUCUGGGGGCUCUGCUGUUGUAAAAGAAACACCCGGUGGGAGACUGUUCUCCCUUCGAGGAGGGCUUGAUUUGCAAACUUGGGGUCCUGUUUUGGGGGUGGGGCUUGCCUUUCCAGCGACCCCUCCCUUGGCCUUGCCCAGAGGUUGGCUGUUGGCAGCUCAGGGUCGGGGUGGGGGGGGGCCUGUGCCUGCUGCUUGCUCCUGUUACCCCUUCUUGCUGCCCCCACAUGCCCAAGGAGGGCCUGCGUGCACAGCCACCAGGCGUGCCAGGAUGGGCUGUGGCCCUGCGUGGAGAUGCAGCUGUCGGCAGAAGGCAGAGAUUGCUUCUUUUAUGUCAUCUGUUCAGUCGUAAUAAAAAGAAUUCUCUCA